AUGCGUAUAACAUUAGUAUUCCGUCAAGUAAUGCAUAUUUGCAUCAUACUAUUACUUGUUAUGUGCUUACGUGGAUCUUCUUGUGAAGUAAUGAAUAAAAAAUUAAAUCGAGACAGUUUUCGUUUUCGAGAAAUUUCUGCAAAAGUGGCGAUAAUGGAAAAUAGGUUGCAUCUGUUAGAGCAAAAAGUUUUUGGCAAAAAUGUUAGGUAUCAAGAUGACUGGAAUCGGAAACGAAUAUUAGUCACUGGAGGCGCAGGUUUUGUCGGUUCACAUUUGGUGGAUCGGUUGAUGCUUGAUGGCCAUGAGGUUGUUGUUCUUGAUAAUUACUUCACGGGACGUAAGCGUAACGUGGAGCAUUGGCUUGGGCAUCAAAAUUUUGAGCUUGUCCAUCAUGAUGUUGUUAACUCGUAUCUUACAGAAGUUGAUGAAAUUUAUCAUCUUGCUUCACCUGCUUCACCACCACAUUAUAUGUAUAAUCCAGUAAAGACUAUUAAGACAAACACCAUUGGUACUAUAAAUAUGCUGGGUUUAGCUAAAAGACUAAAAGCUCGAAUAUUAUUAGCUUCAACAUCUGAAAUUUAUGGUGAUCCAGAAAUACAUCCACAACCAGAAACGUACUGGGGACGAGUCAAUACAGUAGGGCCACGUUCAUGUUAUGACGAAGGUAAACGUGUAGCAGAAACUUUAAUGAUUGCUUACCACAUUCAAGAAAAAGUUGAUAUUCGUAUUGCGCGUAUAUUUAACACGUUUGGACCACGAAUGCAUAUGAACGAUGGACGUGUUGUGAGUAAUUUUAUUCUACAGGCAUUACGUGGUGAUCCGAUAACUAUUUAUGGGGAUGGAGAACAAACGCGAUCCUUCCAGUAUGUUGAUGAUUUAGUGACGGGUUUGAUCGAAUUGAUGCAAAGUAAUUGUACUGAUCCAGUCAAUAUUGGCAAUCCUGAAGAGCAAACAAUUAAUAGUUUCGCAGAGUUAAUUCGUGAUUUGGUGAAUAGUACUUCUAGUAUAGUACACAAGCCCAGACAACAAGAUGAUCCUCGACAGCGAAAACCAGAUAUUAGUAAGGCUAUGGGAAAGUUAAAUUGGAGACCAAAAGUUUCCAUACGUGAUGGAUUGAUUGAAACGAUAGAAUAUUUUCGAAAAGAACUAGAAUAUGAGCAAAGUAUGCUCAAGAAGAGUCAUCAGAAUAGUGAGCAAAAGGAAGCUGAAAGACUGAAAACACUGCGAGCAGACGAACUCUAA